AUUAGAUCGAGGCAUGUGUAUUUCAACUCUUCUUAUCGAUAGUUAGUAACGAAAGACUUGAUUAAGAACAGUGCCUUUUUUAUAUGACAAAGUGUCAUUCACAAAAAUAGUCAUUUCUGUUCAUCACGGAUUAACAAAUAUAUGCUCCAUCAUGAGACAUUCGAACUCAAAGUCAGAAGCAAAACUAAACUUAAACAGUGGUUCAUCUCUCAAUAGGUGUAAAUAAGAGCAUUAACAGCGUGUAACUCAAGAUAGAAGCGUGACGCAAACUUAAGAUAACCAGCUUCACGGAGCAGAGACGUGCUGCCUGCACCCAUCCAUGGCAACCACUGAAGUAAGGCAGGACAGACGACAUUCGUGAUAGAGCAAAGCACCGAACUGGUAUCGAUUCAGUUAGCCCCGUAACAAAACUCGCAGCAGUGUUUAAGGUCUGUCACAAAACCACCUGGUAAACUUGGUAAACUGCACUUGCUAAACUUAAAAUUUUCAACAUCUACGGCGAGAUCGGCUUUCUUCCUCUAGCAAACGUUUGAGUAGUUUUGCUCCAGCUCCUAUGUGAGCAAGAGAUUCAUUGACCUUCCGGAUCAUUUGAGGGUCGGCUUCGAUAGCUCGGUCCAAAUUUUGGUGACCUUCAGCUCCUACGAACUUCUCGCUUAUUCUUCUGAGGCUUUUGUUGACGCUUUUGCUAAUGCUUUGCAAUUCUCGCAUCGUCUUGUCAACAUCUUCCUCACGACCACAAUUUCGCGAAGAAUACGAAGAACAUUCUUCCCUACUGCUAGACGCUCUUUGGUCAUCUGAUGCCCGCCAUUUGUCCUCGCCCUCCCAUGGAUUCACUCGGUCUAAUGACGGACUGUACAUAAGUUCUCGGAAUCGGUCUCUUCCUAAUGUCGAUGCCACCGAUGGCUCUAUAGCACGUUGCGGUUUUGCUGAACUGCACCUUUCCCUUACGUUUUGCUUUGUUUGAUUCUGUCUAGGCCGAGCAGAUGCUGUUCUUUUAGGCAUUCUUUCAAUCGCUGGUGUUAUCAAACGCUCAAGUUCUUUGCAUCUUUUGUAUGGUAAAAGGAGUUUGGGUUUCAUAGACUUUUCAAAUUCAAGCACCUUAGCUAGAACAUUUGCAACCUCCAUAUUUACGCCAUUUUCAACGUCGUGCAAGCCUCCUUCCAGGCUGCGAAACGUCUGGUCAAGACGACCUUUUACUUUAGCAAUCGCUUGGUGAAAGUUGACACGUCCUUCUUCACUCACUUUUGGACAAUUUCGGGAUAAAUCUGUCCUUCUCUUGGAUGCUCCUCUUGUAAUACUAGUGCCAAUGGCAGCAUCUGGCCUAGGCUUGGAUCUGUCUUUACAGUUGCAAUCCAUAUUGUUGCUGCACUAGUCUUCAAUGAUACGUGAUUGCUUUGUGUUUGCGCAGUGUCAGAUCAGACAAAUUUAGAAAACCAUUUGAAAAUAAACUAAUUAAGAAAUUUCAUCAUGAACAUAGGCCCCAAAAUAAAAUUCCCUACCUAUCAGGUGAGCAAAUACACAAUCUCAGGUCCCAUUGGUUCCAUUCACAAUCGUUUGCACCUUUCCCAUUAAAAUCAUGAAAUAAUUUCGGCCGUGAGCAUUUCCUCAACGCACCUCCCUGCAGGAACAAAGUCGUUCUGAGUGUGGUUUGGCCUCUGCAAAAUGCAAACACGCAACGGCAAACUUUCGCGUGCCCAAUAUGGGAAAAACUGGUCAACCAUUUCAAAAGACGUGUUUAAAACAUUUGAAAGUGACGGAAAACGCGAUUACUCAAAGAAAGUUGCUUGUGAUUAAAUUACUCGUAUUUGCUCUUUCUCAGAGAUCACAAAUUUUAAAGUAGCAUCCAUGAGUGAUGGGCCCAAAACCUCGGUGUAAUAAACAACCUCGGGACCAGUGGAGUAACGAAUACAUCGAUCCAGACACAAACGAGCUUGUGCGCGAAGAAUACGACCGGCGCGUGGAGCAGUUCGGCGAAGACGAGUUCGAGUACGAGCGCGCUGUGGUCACUCGUCAGCAGCCCGAAGACAUGGCCUCCCGACGCCGGGGUAACGGUGGUCGCGCGAGACGGAACGGCCCCUGCGGCGGCGGCGGCGGCGGCUUCGACCGCUACCGGUCCAACGACGACUGCGGCAGGGGCUUCCGCAGUCCCUGUGACGGCGACAAGGAGCAGGAGUACAUUCCUCAGGAGAGGAUCGAGAAGGCCGAUAAGAAGAUCGAUGAGCUGACGUCUCAGCUGACUGAGUCGUAUAAUAGCCUGAAUGAAGGCCUCUGCAAGGUGCAGAAGUGUAUGAACGAGGGCUUCGCGACUAUCACAGGCAAGAUGAAGGAUAUUGAAAAGACCAAUGAUAAAACAAUGCAGCAGAUCGACGAUGAUAUCAGAACGGCAGAGGAAGAGCUGAACAAGAACAUUCGUCUCCUAAAUAAUGAUAUUGCUGAAACGCAGGAGACUUUCUGUCGAAAUCUGGACAAAGCUAGGCGUGACAUGGAGAAGAUGGAGAAACAUUUCAGACGCGAGAUUUGCGAGAUUCUUCGAGAUAUGAAGACAGACGCCUGUUCAUGACUGGAUUUGGUAUCGGAGUAUGCGUGCUACUGUUUAGUCGGAGCUCGAUAUUGGUAUUACUGGAUAUACUAUAACUAUGGAGACAUCCUUGAUGAUUUCAGAGAAACGUUAUCAGAUAUUUACGAAUUUAUUGUUAGUUUAGUAAAUCAAUUUCUCUACCCACCAUGCACUUGUAGCGCACGUCUAUGCCACCAUUAAAUUCGUUUUUCGUGCCUU